UUAAGCCUGGGAGGAAACUCUGGUUGGGGCAGUCCGCGGAGCUCUGGCGGCGAGUGGGGAACGGCAGCUACGCGCGGGCGGUAGCAGAAGCGGCACAACCAGCAAAACACAUCCGAGGCAACAGCCGGAGGGAGCCGGUGGUCCUCUCCCGUAAACACACACCCCUCCACCGCCACCCCCUCCUCCGCGCCGCGCGCCCGCCUGCUUCGGUGCCUGAGGCCGCUAGGACUGCUAUGUAACCUGGAGGCUGCGGGAGAAGGGAAUCCAGUAGAAAUUGGCCCGCGGGAGCCUCUGGGGGCCAAGUUUGCGGUCACUUCUGAAGGCUCCCUCUCUUAGUCCUUACUCGCCCAUUCCUGUAGCCUAGCUGGCCCGAGUUACUUUCUCUCGCCUCCUCGCGCUCCCAAACAGCCGCUGUUCCCGGCGACUAUGGUGACGAUGGAGGAACUGCGGGAGAUGGACUGCAGUGUGCUCAAAAGGCUGAUGAACCGGGACGAGAACGGCGGCGGCGCCAGCGGCAGCGGCAGCCACGGCGCCCUGGGGCUGCUGAGCGGCGGCAAGUGCCUGCUGCUGGACUGCAGACCGUUCCUGGCGCACAGUGCGGGCUACAUCCGAGGUUCGGUUAACGUGCGCUGCAACACCAUCGUGCGGCGGCGGGCUAAGGGCUCCGUGAGCCUGGAGCAGAUCUUGCCCGCCGAGGAGGAGGUGCGCGCCCGCUUGCGCUCCGGCCUCUAUUCGGCGGUCAUCGUGUACGACGAGCGGAGCCCGCGCGCCGAGAGCCUCCGCGAGGACAGCACCGUGUCCCUGGUAGUGCAGGCACUGCGUCGCAACGCCGAGCGCACAGACAUCUGCUUGCUCAAAGGUGGCUAUGAGAGGUUUUCCUCGGAAUACCCAGAAUUCUGUUCCAAAACCAAGGCCCUGGCAGCCAUCCCUCCUCCUGUGCCCCCCAGUGCCACGGAGUCUUUGGACCUGGGCUGCAGUUCCUGUGGGACCCCUCUGCAUGACCAGGGGGGUCCUGUGGAGAUCCUUCCGUUCCUCUACCUCGGCAGUGCCUACCAUGCUGCCCGGAGAGACAUGCUGGAUGCCCUGGGGAUCACAGCCCUGUUGAAUGUCUCCUCCGACUGCCCAAACCACUUUGAAGGACACUACCAGUACAAGUGCAUCCCAGUGGAAGAUAACCACAAGGCCGACAUUGGCUCCUGGUUCAUGGAAGCCAUCGAGUACAUCGAUGCAGUGAAGGACUGCCGCGGUCGGGUGCUGGUGCACUGCCAGGCGGGCAUCUCACGCUCGGCCACCAUCUGCCUGGCUUAUCUGAUGAUGAAGAAGCGGGUCAGGCUGGAGGAGGCCUUUGAGUUCGUCAAGCAGCGCCGGAGCAUCAUCUCGCCCAACUUCAGCUUCAUGGGGCAGCUGCUGCAGUUCGAGUCCCAGGUGCUGGCCACCACCUGCGCCGCGGAGGCCGCCAGUCCCUCUGGCCCCCUGCGGGAGCGGGGCAAGGCCACCCCCACCCCCACCUCCCAGUUUGUCUUCAGCUUCCCCGUCUCUGUGGGUGUGCACUCGGCCCCCAGCAGCCUGCCAUACCUGCACAGCCCCAUCACUACCUCCCCCAGCUGUUAGAGCCAGUCUCCCAACCCCUGGAACCAGGCUUGGCUCCCAGCAAGCUUUGGGAGAGCCACCACCUGUGUGGGCAGCAAGUAGGGACUGACCAGCUGGGGGCAGGUGACCAAACUCCGUCCCCAUCCAUUUCUCCUUGGCCGACCAUGGGGCCAGCUAGAAUGGCAAUAAGGACUUUGAAUUCACAUUAAAAGCAAACAAACAAAACACUCCAACUUAGAGCAAUAACGGCUGCCUCUGCAGCCAGGGAAGACCUUGGUUUGGUUUAUGUGUCAGUUUUCCUUUUCAGGUAGAAAUUUCUUACCUCAUUUUUUUAAUCAAUAAGGCUUGAAGUUAUGAAACCCACAGAUCCUGGCAAAUGUGCCCAUCCAGUUUUAUUAAGUGGGGGAGGGAGGGGGGAGGGAAAAGAAGAAAACAAGUUUGCCAGAAGUGCCUGGUUCUGUGUGCUUGUCUUUCGUUGUUGUCGUCACAGGAAUUUUGCUUUUUAAAA